GGCGCCUGCGCAUUGCGCCUGCGCAGCUCGAUGCGGCUGGAAGCAGACAAGAUGGAGGCGCUGAGCGGCCCCGUACAGCAUCGCUUCUCGCCCUACGCCUUCAAUGGAGGAACUGUGCUGGCCUUGGCUGGGGACGACUUUUGCAUUGUUGCUUCAGAUACACGACUGAGUGAAGGCUACUCCAUUCACAGCCGGGAUUCACCUAAAUGUUAUAAACUAACAAACGAAACAGUGCUUGGAUGUAGUGGUUUCCACGGAGACUGCCUUACACUCACAAAAAUCAUUGAUGCAAGGCUAAAGAUGUAUAAACAUUCGAACAACAAGACAAUGACAAGUGGGGCAAUAGCAGCGAUGCUCUCUACAAUUUUGUACUCUCGUCGUUUUUUCCCCUACUAUGUGUACAACAUUAUUGGUGGACUAGAUGAACAUGGGAAGGGUGCGGUAUACAGUUUUGACCCUGUUGGAUCCUAUCAGAGAGAUACUUACAAAGCUGGAGGCUCAGCAAGUGCAAUGCUGCAGCCACUUCUAGAUAACCAGAUUGGAUACAAGAACAUGCAGAAUGUGAAACGUGAAGAACUCUCACUGGAAGAGGCAACCCAGCUAAUAAAAGAUGUUUUCAUCUCUGCAGCUGAGAGAGACAUUUACACUGGUGAUUCUCUGAAGAUCUGCACCAUAACAAAAGAUGGCACCAGAGAGGAUGUGUUCCCUCUUCGCAAAGAUUAAAUCAUGUUGAAAUAUUUGCGAACUGUGGCAGUCCAAUUGUUAAUGUGGAAUAGUCGGUUAUAAUGAUGCUUGCGAGUGUACCAGGCCAGCAUUUCCUUUUCUACCAUUUGAUGUACAAUACUGAAAAAUAAAAUCUCACAUAAGUAA